GCUGGGGUGGGGCUCUGUGGCUCCGGACUUCGCUGCGCUCCCCGCCCCCACCGGCCCGCUCACCCUUGCUCAGCCAGCGCGCGUUCCUCGGGCGCCACCUCUUUGCGACUCGCUCACUUCUCAGCAGGUUGGCCCGGGGAGCGUGUGAACCUUCCCGGGCUGGACUCACAGCUCCUCUCCAACCUGCGCCGCCCCAGCUGGGCCGCUCCGCUCCGCCCCGCCGCCGGAACCCGCCCUCGCGGCCACCUGGCCCUCGCAUCCACGACACGCGCGCCUGCAACUUGUUCAAGGGCGUUGUGGAAUCAACUUUCCGGAAGCAACCAGCCCACCGGAGGAGGUAGACCGACAGCUAUGUAUAUAUACGCGCUCUGCCGCAAGUGGCUGUGCACCCAGAAGCCCAGGGUACAGGGCAGCUGACUCCUGCGGGACACUCGCGUUUGAAGAAGCGGUUCACACUGCCCCCCGAACCCCAAAGCGCUGCCGCCAAGACUAAACAUUGCUAUGGGAGCCACGGCAACACGCCACGCAUCCCGGACUUCUAUGUAAAACGCUCAGUUUUUGCUCUUCUUUCAAGUGGAAGCUCUCUGGUUGCUUUUUUCCCCCCUCUCGGGUCCCUUUUUUGCCUGUGUGGUUUGGGAGAGGCACAGUUGGAGGCGCUGAUUGCUACAGAAGUCCCCGGAGCCGCGAGCGGCAUGAUGCUGCGGAGGCUGGUUCAGCGGUGGAGCGUCCUGGUAUUGCUGCUCAGCUACUCCGUGCCCUCCUGCGGGCGCUCUGUGGAGGGGCUCAGCCGCAGGCUCAAGCGCGCAGUGUCGGAGCAUCAGCUGCUGCAUGACAAGGGCAAAUCCAUCCAGGACCUGCGCCGCCGUUUCUUCCUCCACCACCUGAUCGCAGAGAUCCACACAGCCGAAAUCAGAGCUACCUCGGAGGUGUCCCCCAACUCCAAACCUGCUCCCAACACCAAAAACCACCCCGUGCGGUUCGGCUCAGACGACGAGGGCAGAUACCUAACUCAGGAAACCAACAAGGUGGAGACGUACAAAGAACAGCCGCACAAGACGCCUGGGAAGAAGAAGAAAGGCAAGCCCGGCAAACGCAAGGAGCAGGAGAAGAAGAAGCGAAGGACUCGGUCCACCUGGCCGGACACUGCGGGGAGUGGCCUGCUGGAGGACGCCCUGCCCCACACCUCCAGGACCGCACUGGAGCCCAGCUCGAGGCUCAAACAUAAGAACGUUAACGCCCUGGGCCCCACCUCUCAGAGCCUGGUCACACCUGCAGGCCAGGUGAGGUUCUGGUCCUUCGGGGUCACUGUGGCUUGUGAGGACUCCGAGGUUCCCCGAGCCUUCUUUUACCCGUCGUCCGUGUACUCACCACAGAUCACUUCUGCUCUUGGCUCUGCUGAUGUGGAAGGUGAGGCUGCAGAGAGAGAGAAGCCCUUACGUCUGCCAACCUCCCUGGCAAUGAGACGUAUCCUACGGACUGGGACCUGGGCUCACGCAUUCCGAGAGGUCCUGGUAGCUAACGCAGGCGGAUGCAUGCUCUUACUCCCAUAUCUUCACGGGAUCGACAAGAAAGAGCUAUUGGCACUGAUGUCUGAAAAGGAACAGAGAGGGUCGGGCAGCCCUCCUCUGCUUGUGCGCGAACACCAGAAAGGGAGCCCUGGGGGUCGUUUAACAGGCUGGCAGUGA